AUGUCGAAGCCGCGGCCUUUUCGCAUCUCUGUGCCCGAGACGGGCCUCGACAAGCUCGCAGCACAGCUGUCCGCCGCGGAGCUGCCAGAUGCGCCAUUGUGCGCCGGUUCACCUGAGGAAUGGAGUCACGGAACGAGCCUGCAGAAACUCAAGUCGCUCGUCGACGCAUGGCGUGACGGCAGUCCCAUGGACAAGGAUGGCAAGGUCAGCGGCAAAGGGGGAGGACAAGGCGUCAAAACGUGGUGGCGAUCGAUCGAGGACCGAUUGAACCGGUACCCGCACUUCAAGGUCGAGAUUGAAGAAUUCGACCUGCAUUUCAUCUAUGUCAAGAGCCAGCAUGCCGGUGCUAUCCCUCUCGUCUUUUCGCAUGGCUGGCCGGGAUCCUUUUAUGAAGCAUGGGAACUGCUUCCUUACCUCGUGGAGAAAGAUGAAAAAACCGGCAUGAGCUUUGACGUCGUUGUCCCCUCACUGCCUGGCUACGCCUGGUCCAAUCCGGGAUCUCUUCCGCAUGGGUGGAAUGCAACCGAGAGCGCCCGUCGAAUCCACAAGCUCAUGACCCAGGUGCUCGGCUACAAAAAAUUCUUCGCGCACGGAGGCGACUGGGGUACGAGAAUCACUCGUCUACUGGCAAACUACCCAGAAUGCAAGAUCUAUCACACCAACUUUGCUCCGCCGACCAACAUGCCUUGGUACACUGUUCCUGCAGUGGCAUUGCACACCAGGGGGUACAGUGACCUGUUUCAACGCGUUCUGGGAAGACUCUACUCUCCAUUCGAAGUACUCGGCAUGACGCGUGGACUGGCGUACCUGGCGACAGGGAGUGGCUAUGUCGCUCUUCAAUCCACGAAGCCUGCGACGCUUGGCUAUGCACUGUACAACAAUCCCGUGGGCAUCCUUGCUUAUUUGCUCGAAAAGUUCCACGCCUGGACCGACCCCCGCUCCACUGCCUUCGGUGACAAGAGCGAGCCAUCCGCCACAGACAUGUCGGAUGAGACAAUCCUCGUCAACACGACAAUCUACGCACUCACCAACACCAUUCACACGAGUCUCAUGCUCUACUUCUCCGACGAACGAAGCUGGUAUCCCCCAUUUGAUGAAUACAGGCCAGCGCGUUCCAAGCCAUAUGGACACAGCGCUUUCGCGUACGAGCUGGCUCGAGGACCACGUCCCUUCAUCUCGCGCCUGGCUCUGAACUUGGUGUGGUACAAAGCGGAAGACACUGGUGGUCACUUUGCUGGUUGGUGA